CUCCCUGGAGAUUCACCCUUAAGCACCAACCUCAAGAAUCUGGUGUGCAAUGUCACAGUGAUUUUACAUGUGGUGCUUGUAUUCUGAUCAUCACAGAGCUCUCAUUGUUCUUGCGUUAAAUAAUCAUAGUUUCAUAACUACACUCUACCGCCCCCUCCAAAGAUAUUAUAUAAGGAGAGCUGGUUUUCACUUAGGCUGGACAAAAACAGGAAUUCCGCAGACAAUUGAAGCCACAAAGAAAAACCUGUGAAAAUGAGCUGGACUGGAUUGAUUCUCGUUGUGUUUCUUGGUCUCACCAACGCUGAAGUUAGUGAUUCUCAAUGCAGAGAAACAAAGGAGUGCCUAGAGUACGUUGUUAACUGUGAAUCUCCAGAUUAUGAGAUUCGCCAUUAUAAACGUUCCAAGUGGGUUGCAACCGAUAUUACAUCCUGGGUUAUGGAAUACUCUGUAGCCCUUGGAUUUGGAAAGCUCUUUGCCUACAUCCAGGGCAACAACAAAGGAGGCCAGAAAAUGAACAUGACAACUCCAGUUCUGAUUAAGAUACAAAAAGCAGAUAUGUCUGUCAACAAGUACACGGUUUACUUCUUGCUUCCAAAGAGUCAUCAGCAUGAUCCACCAACACCCCUCUUUCCUGAAAUUUAUUUUGCUGACCUGCCAAGGAUGGAUGCUUACGUCAAAUCAUUCGGUGGCUGGAUGUUCUCGUUCAAUUCGAAACACUAUUCUGCACAGUUGGCGAAACAGCUGAUGAAUGCUAGUGCAUCCUUUGACUCCAGUUAUUUCUAUGCGGCUGUCUACAACAGACCACUAAAAAUAAUUGGCCGGCACAAUGAAGUGUGGUACAUCGCAAAAGGAAAGCCAGAGUGUCCAAGCUCCAGGUUUUAAACAAUGAGGUAACUCGCCUCACAGAACAACUGGAAGACCUUUUCACAUGCUUUUUAGUUUGAUAUAUGUUGUCCUUCACAACAU